UAUUGAUUGAUCUAUUUGAUUAUAUGGUAUGACAAUAUUUCUAUUUUAGCUUUUCUGUACAUUGAUAAUCAAUCAUCCAUUCAGUCGAUAUCUUGUGUAUAUUUAUCUUGUACGUAAUUGAUGUGACAAAAAUGAGGUUAGGGCAGGUCGUGUUCACCUUCUCUACAACCUGGAACAUGCUGUAAUCACUGUAUUAACCCUAACAUGUGUUUCAUUUCUUGUAGAUUUCACUGAUUUAAGUGAAACUAAUCUUGGAAAUAUUAGACUAAAUUUAAAACAAUUUUUGCGUCAUUGUUGGUUAAUGGAUUGAUAAUUAGGCAAUAAUUAGUGACGACUAGGAAUUUGCGUAACGCUCUCUGUUGGAGCUUGGUCUUUCUCUUGUGUGUAAAUAAUAUUGAGUCUCUUUCUCUCAACAAAUCUUAGUUCUCUCAAAGCUCUUAGUUAUUUUAUGAAUAUGUGUUGCUAUCUUAAGUUACAAAUAAUCCAGCUCAUGCUACACGGUUUAAUGCAUCAAUUUAGGGUAGCCUGCCUAAAACUAGGUCAGUAUACCUAAUUUUGAAAACCCAUUGAUCCAAUUGUUGAAUGUGUUAGGUAAUUAUUUUAUCCUCACCCCAUUUUCAACCGAGUGUACAAUUGAUUGCACACCUUAGAAUCAAAUUGCAUGUAAAGAUUACUUUGAAUUUUCCAUUCAAUUGCAAAGUGGAGUCUAUAAAUUCAAAUCAAUCCGGAAUGCUGGUAUUGAAUUAGCACCGGGAGGAAGGGACGGACUGGCUCGGCGGUUUUUUCAAUUAUUAUUGAAUUUGUAGUUUCAUAUACCGUUUCUUAUAAUAUGAAUAAUUGCUAGUGAUCAUAAACUCUUCACUUAUACCAUGAUUUUCUACAAUUUUAUUUGAUAAUUUGAAUCAGCCAGCCUUGCCACACAUUAAUGGACGUACACGUAUAUUCAUACAUAUUUAUUCUUUCAUUCGUAUGUACAAGUAUAACUAGUAAGUUGAGGUUGCCAUGCCAUUAUCGAUUCGCGAAGCACAGGGCGGAGGUCUUGUAGCUAUAGGUACAUACCUAUAGAAAUGCCGCACGGAAUUUCGUAUCUCUCGCUAGUCUCGGACAAACUCUUCACGUAUUUACACUGAAGCUUAAUAAUAAUGAAGUUGUUCCUUGUAAAGUGCCGAUAAUCUUAAUAAAGGAUUAAAAAAAAUCAAAGUAUCGUUAAAAUAAGUCCGAGUGUAAACGUGGGUAACAACUCCGAAUUCGUGACAAUAUUAACAAACGAAAAGAAAAAAGAAACGAAAGUAACCAGUGGAGCUACGAUUCCCACGAUAGAGCGAGGAUGAGAGAAAAUAAUCGGAAUGCGAAAAGGAAAUUGGAGAAUAUCGCGUUUUUGUACAGCUCAAAAUUGCUGCACCGCUUUCGCAAAUCCGGAACAAAAAAGUCAGCUAAGACGUUUACAUGGACUUCAAUUUCCUUUACACCCUCAACAAGUGGUCGGUUGGAUUGCACUGUUCGGCAUUGCGGUCGGUACGUUUACAACCGUUCUACCACAUUCGGGACCGAAUAUUCAGCCAAUUGUAUCUGCGCUCAUCGGGGUUACAUUUACUCUACAUGUUGCUGCGCAUCUUGUAGCACUUCUACUUGAUCCUGCUGAUCCACAAGUUAGAGCACAAUCAUCGAGAAAAAUAAUACCAGAAUUCGAUAGAACUAAACAUUUACAUGUUAUAGAAAACGGUCGUUGUCAUUUGUGUAAUAUCAACACUACAAAUAAGAGAACUAAACAUUGUUCGAUAUGCAAUAAAUGCAUCGCUCAAUUUGAUCAUCAUUGCAAAUGGUUGAAUAAUUGCAUCGGGGGUAGAAAUUAUAUCGCAUUCAUAGUCUGCGUCAUUUCCGCCGUUGUUUCGGCAUUAGCUGUUACAGGUGUUUCAGUAGCUGAACUUGCACUCAUUAAUGUUGAUGGGAAUAUUUUAACUAAUUGGCAUUUAAGUAUGGAUAACGUGACGCUACCCACAGCUCAAUCUACACCUGGGACUGGAUCUUUGAUUGUGAUUUCGCUUGUUGGAAUAUUGUCGGCCAUUGCUGCGGCGCUUUUAAUACACCUGUGCUUUUUUCACGGUUAUAUAGCAUGUCUAGGAAUAACGACUUACGAAUACGUACGCAAUAAAAGAGAUAGAAAAAUAGCUAAAGGCGUUUCAUCGGAGGAAAAUGAAGAUCCUAAUUAUGGUUCUAAAUGCCCUACCCUUUUCAAUGGAAAUAUGGGUAAUCAAAGGGUACGAUAUCAGUUCAGAAAAUCUAAUUCGUCCAACGAAUAUAAUGAUGAUAGUGAAAGAAGUGUUUAUAUAUGCUCUACUCAUCAAAGACAAUCCACGAGCUGUAGCAGCUCCGAUGCAGAUAAAAAUGUCGCUAAAGACAAGAGAAAUUUUCAUUUAUACUUUUCUUAUGAAACUCGCGACACGGAGACAUCUAUAGAAGUUUCAUCACAGAGUUUUUCGAAUGACGUGGUUCAAAAACGUCAGGAUCAAUCGAUCGAAUUCAAACCGUCAACACCAUCGCCUGUAUCAUGUUGCUUCUCUAUAAUCAGCGGUGCGGGAAAAUCAGCGAAUGUUGGCGAAAAGAAAAGCAACACUAUAUCAUCAACUACGAAGCAAAAAUUUGGACAACAAAAAAUUGGGAUAUCAGAUAAAGAAAGAGGCCCCAGAUCUUGUCUUACUAUAAGAAGGAUCCAGUCCUUUCUGAGAACAAGAUUGCGGAGGAACCCGCGUCAAAAGUCGAUAAACGGAGAUCUGCAGUCCUCUCGAACACGAAAAAAUAAAGUUAAUCCAGCGAUGACUGCUGAUAAUGAUGAUAGUGCAAAACGAAAGGACGCCGCUCUUGAAGAGGCUGUGGAAGUCAGAUCUGAUUUGGAUGCUUCUUCUACCGGAAAUGAAGAUAAAAUUGUUGCUGUGCAGUUCAAGCCACCCGUUAAACUUCCACCAUUGGUACUACCGACUAGACAUAGAAUUAAAGUGAUUCCAUCAAUUAUCGAAGUCCCCAUUGCACCGCCAAAAAGGAGUCAAUCAACACUCAGGAUAAGAAGGACAUCGUUUUAUAAAAGACCGAGAUUCAAAAUGGGACCACAUGUUACGGAAAUUGCCCAGUUGUCACCAAUUCCUGAAUCAGAAUUAUCUAAACCUGCGUCACCCAGAACACCGACACAAAUUAAUCACUUUCCGUUUCCACCACCUAAUUGUUACACAUCAACGAAAACAAUCGAUGAUAAUAGCAAAGCGCGUGAUUCUUAGGAAUAGUUUUCAAUAAAAUUAACAAUAAGUUCUCUUUUUGUAUCAUCGUUUUCUUAUAAUAUGUAUUGCUAUUGCUAGAACGAACUUUGUUGCCGUCCAACCGUUAUUUCGUAUACUCUUAAAUUACACUGUUUAUAUUUGUAUAGGAUUAUUAAUUCCACGUUAUAUUGGAUAAUAAAUAUGAAAAUUAAACGAAAUUAUUAUAACUUUGCUAGUCAUUAAACAUCCAGCGGGACUUCUGUCCUCUCCUAUAAUCAUAGAAGUAGUGAAAUUCUUGGUAAAAUUUAUUUAUAAAUCUCUCGAGGCGUAAGAAUUAUGAAAUAAAUGAAAAAUAUCUUGACAUAAUAAUUGAAUUUUAGAAUAGGAUUUAUUUCAGCUGCGAGUUAUGGCACAGGUUGGUACAGAAGUUGUAAAAUAGCAUGACAAAUAAUAUUAGAGAAACCUAGCUGCCAUUUUUGUGCCAGGACGGGACACCCCGUAGUUGUUUCUAUAAGUAUCUGUAAACAUGCGAUGUGGUCGUUUUCAUCCCUCUGCAGUAUGAAAUGAUAAUGCGUGUCUGCUCGUCAAAUAUUUCUACAAUAAUAAACGUGAUCCAAA